UGCUGCAGGAGGAAAGUUGGCCGCGCUGCCAGGCAGGGCUGGUUCUCCUGCUUCCCUCCGCCUGCCUCCCUCCCUCCCUCUCUCCCUUCUCCUCCUCCUCCCCACGAGCAGCUCGCACGGUGCAGGCGGCGGGGGCUCCUCGCCCUGCCCGGAUCCCCCGCAGCCGCCGGGAUGCUGCCGGGCACCGCGCCCGGGCGCUGAGCCGCCGGAUAGGAGCUCCCCUCCUGCAGCCCCCGCCGGGAGCAUCGCGCUGCGGGUCACCUUGCAGGGAGGAAAAUGGGACCCACUACUCUACUGUGACCUGCCUCUAAGGUACAACAAAAAAAGACCACCCAUCCCACUCCCUCAGACACCUCCCAGCAUGGAUGGCUUGGUUGAGCAGAACAGUGUGCUAAUGCACAGUAAGAUUGCUGAAGCUGGGAAAAGGAAUGGUUUAAUUAAUACAAGGAACUUAGUAGCAGAGAGCCGAGAUGGUCUGGUCUCUGUGUACCCGACCCCCCAGUAUCAGAGCCACCGAGCAGGGAGCCUUUCUUCUCCAACCUGCCUGGAGAAUGGCAGGAAUGACCCUGUGCAGCAGCUUCUGGACCCCAACAUGCUGCAGCAGACAGUGGAGUCUCACUACCGGCCCAACAUCAUCCUCUACUCGGAGAAUGUGCUGCGUUCAUGGGGUGAGAGCAUCGGCUCAGAGUGCUGUGAAACCACCUUCAUCGAGGACCGAUCCCCUACCAAAGACAGCCUGGAGUACCCAGACAGCAAGUUCAUUGAUCUCUCAGCAGAUGACAUCAAGAUUCACACCCUCUCCUAUGAUGUGGAGGAAGAGGAGGAUUUCCAGGAGCUAGAGAGCGAUUACUCCAGUGACACAGAAAGCGAAGACAAUUUCCUGAUGAUGCCACCAAGAGAUCAUCUUGGCCUCACUGUGUUCUCCAUGCUCUGCUGCUUCUGGCCACUGGGAAUUGCUGCCUUUUACCUGUCUCAUGAGACAAACAAAGCAGUAGCCAAGGGGGACUUCCACCAUGCAAGCUCCAACUCCCGUCGAGCACUCUUCCUGGCUGUCCUGUCCAUCACAAUCGGAACUGGCAUCUACGUUGGGGUGGCUGUGGCUCUUAUUGCCUAUCUGUCCAAAAACAAUCACUUAUGAGCCUCAGGAAAGAGGGAGAACCAGCCACCCAGCACCUGCACUGCAGAACUCCCCAGCAGAUCAGAAUGCAUGAUUUUUCCAAAAAGAUCAAGAAGCAAACAAACACCUUCUGGGGGGGCAGGUACAGGAUAAGAUGGGUUUGUACAUUAUUAUAGGGUGGGUAGCUGGCUGGGGUGAGGAGAGUUCCAUCAUUUGUGAUGCACAAGUUUUGCUUCUCUUCAUUAACACCAGUACAAGAAAGAAAGAGAGAAAGAGCAAAAGAGAAAAGGAAAAAGAUAAAGAGAGAAAGAAAAAGGAAAACCAAAGGAAGGCAGCUAGGGUAGGUGUGGAGAAAAGUGUUUUGCCUAUGUCUUCUUUGCAAUAUGGUGUUUACAAGAAGCUGGCAAAAUGAGCUGUUCUUUUAAUACCUUCUUGGUUACCUGAACUUUGCAGCCAGCAUGAGUUUGUGCUUGGUUUGCUUGUUAAGCACGGCACCGAGGUCUGGGAAAGCAUGAACAGUGGUUGGUUCUCUGAAAGAGCAAUAUAACAACAGGAGGAAGAAUAUGUUUUCUUUUUUUUGAAUGCAGGACUCAUUUGCCUAAGUGCGAAGCAGAGACCUCAGCGCAGAAUGGCAUUGCCUACACCUCUUGUGUCCAUAGGUUUCCAUGGAAUGAGAAAAGGAAAUAAAAAAUAUUUUUUUCUUUCCUACCCUUGUUUUUGGAUUACGAUGUGACCUACAGGCUCAUCCAGUGCAGAAUGGCUGAGGCUACUGCAAGACUUGGCUCCACAGACUGAGUGUGAGGUCAAAGUAGCAUGGGAUCUGUUGUAAAAUCAACUCCUCCAUCCAGUCACAUUGUGAUAACAGCACAUUCCUGUGGCAUAUUGCUUGUCUGGGUUACUCCGCCUUACCGUGGGGACCUGCAAAGCAGUCAAUGCAAGAAACCUCGGGGGGGUAAAAAUGCAGACUGAAAUAUUGAUCAAUUUUAAAUCAAACAUCAUGAUAAAGCAUGGGAAUUAACCAGGAGAAGGAAUGCUUUCUACAUUUCUGAGGUGCUGCUCAUUCACCAAGCAGUGAAGGACCCCACUCAGAUUAUAAGCUUACAGCUCAUCCAUGGACCAGGGACACAGCAUAGCCAUGGAGAGACAAGCAUUUCCCUUGCUAAGCAGUGCAAUGGUACAUUGCAAGGGAAUUAUCCUUACUUCACUGACUGAAAUGAUACAUUUUUUUCUUCUUUACUCCUUCCUUACAGUCACUCUUCUAUUUUUUUUGGUCUUACAGAUGUACCAUUUCAUCCCGCCAAGGGUCUAUCAGGAUUGAUAGAUAUGUAUCUACAUAUAUAUACACACAGAGAAGAGAGGAACUGAUCAAAAAAAUAAGCAUUUUAUUAGUCACUGCCUUGUGUUUUACAAACAUGAUUUCUUUACCCGAGAAUGUCAUCAAAGAUUUUUUUUUUCCAACUUUGUAUUGUGUGUCAGCUUUGCUCUGGGACUAUUUUUCUCUUCUGUUUUGGGGUUGACAUUAUUUUGGUUUUCAUUUGACUGUUUUUAUUUUAUGGGGAAGGGGGACAAACGCAUCCAAAACUAUUUUUCUGCUAGUUAUACAGUUUAUUAAAACACAUGAUAUACAGAUGCUGAUGAUCUGUGUGAUAUAUUAUUUGGAUGGACCUGAAGCAUCAGACCAAGUGAACAUUGCCUCAGUACUCUGAAUUCAGCUACCCAGAGAAGUAUCCAUAUGGAACAUCCAUGGACCAAAAAGCCUGUUGCAGUCACUGACAAUUCUUCUUUAGAACUGAUUUGUUGGCCUUCAGACUAAGCAUGGAGAAUAACAAUAUAGUGGUAGUCAUAGAAAUAUAGAAUCAUAGAAUCAUUAGGUUUGGAAAAGACCUCUAAGA